AUGGAAACAAAACCGGAAAAAGCCAACAAUAAUCAUCAAACAACAUUGACCGACUUAAUUCAAUCAACACAUUGGCCCGAAAUAAGUGCAUAUAAUGAGCAUCGUUGUGGUCACUAUCCACCCCAACAGACACAAUUCCCUCACCAAAAUCAACAGAUGAUUUAUCAUGAUAAUCAAGCGAAUAAAGAUUAUUUUAUUACGUUCAAUGAUAUCAACCAUAUUCUUCAUAAUCAAGUAGUAACAACUAGCAGUUAUUCAGUUCUCACUAAUUCACCUUCGUUAACCACUCAAUCAUCAAAUAGACAUCAAGACUACAGAACAAAUAGUGGUCAAAUAAGAACUCAAAUAGAGAAUACUCCGCUUGAUCAAGAAAAUGAGACCAAAUUGAAAGCUCUUGAAUCCCUAGCAGCCCUAUUCAAUACCUCAGCAGCUGCUAAUAUUGUCUUAACAAGCGCUAUUAAACAACCGACAUCUAUUUCAUUACAACAGCAACAGCAAGUAAUUCAGUCGAACAAUCAACAACAGGGGACCAAUAUAAAUAUUGAUGCUCACAUGUUAUUGCAAUGUUUGCAAGACCAACAAGUCGUAGUUCAACAACAGCAACAACAACAACAACAACAACAGCAACAACAACAACACCAGCAGCAACAGCAACAACAACAGCAGCAGCAACAACAACCGUCUAAUCAGCAAAAUGGAACAAAUGUUGCUCGUGAUGGUAUCAAUACAAUCGAUGAUUUGAUUCAUGCUAUUGAAAAUGGACACAAAUUUUUAGUGCGAUUUGGUCCGCAUGAUGUCAAUUCACAAGAUAUUCUUCAGUUGAUACACAACUUUAGAAAAAGGCCAAGAAUUUUCACCGGCCAUUUAACGACAUUAAUAUUUGGCGAUUUGAGUUACAAAAUAGCACAACCGUUACCCGAAGGCCAUCGCUUGUCAUCGUAUGAUAUUUUAAAUCAAGAAGCAGUUGAAGCACUGUGUUCGCUUGUUUUAACAUUGUAUCGCAAUGAAAACCUAAGACGACAACAAAUACGCACAUGGAUUCGACGUAAAUGUAGUGAUAGUCGUGUGAAAGUCGGUGGCUCGAACAAUAACCUUGUGUUACAAAUUCAACGGCAGUCAUCUAUUAUAGAACAACAGCAAAAACAACAAGAACAGGAUUUAUUAAAAGAACAAUUACGUUUCAACAGUUUACAACAAUCUCAGUUAGUAUUAAAUACAGAUGAUGAGAAUGAUGAAGAAGAUGAUGAGCCAAUGAAUGCUGGUCAUGAUUUGACGAGAGCAGCUUCUAUGGUUUCAGUCGAAGAGCAACCACAACAACUACCAUCAAGACCAAUUGAUGUCAAUGAACAAUUGCGUAAAUUUUUCCUUUUACAUGACAACAACGUUAAAAAUGUACUAUUUGGUCCUUAUAAUGUUGUCCUCGGUCAUAUUGUUCAGUUAUUGAAAAGAUAUGCACCAUCACAGCCAAGGGUAUUAACUUAUAAAUUAUCACAGUUGGUAUUCGGAUGGGAUCUUGCAGAUAAGACGCCUCCUUUUACAACGACACGACGUGAAGCUAGCAGUAAAUUAGACAACAAAGCUUUUGAUACCUUGGCAAGACUAAUAACGAUGAUGUGUCCAAAUUCGUUUUUAACUCACCCAAAAAUUGCACGUUGGGUAAAUGAAAGGGGUAGAAAAUUAAUUUAUUAUAGAAAAAAACACAAAGCAUUGGGCGUCGAUGUAAAUCUUCCCGAUUUAGCCAUUAACCCUAAAACACCAAAAUCGACAUCAACAAUGAUUUCGAAUGAUAAAUUACAAUUAGUUCAUCUAGAUCAACAGCAAAUAUUAUCAGACGAUGGACAAAUAAAAAAUUUAUUAAGUCCAAUCAGUUCGCCCGUGACCACACAUUCCCAAUUAUUAGCAUCACCAUCAGCACAAACAAAAAAGAGAAAUAGCACAACAAAGCAAAUAAAUAAACAACAGGAAAAUCAACAACAGCAAAAUUUAAAUGAGAUUCCAACAAAACUGAAAAAGUCGUAUGAACCAUAUAGCGAUAACAAAGAAGCUUUUCCGUAUAAACAGCUUCAACAACAACUCUCUAAAUCACAAUCAUCGAUGACCAUCGAUAAUGAUGAAGAUGAUCAAGAUAGUAUGAUGACAGAAUUGAUCGAUGCUAUUAAAAGUGGUCAACAUUUUCAAGUUUGGUUCGGCUCUCAUAAUCUUGAUUCAACUCAAAUCUUAUCUAUUAUUGAAAAGCGUAGUCGCUUAAGUGCACGUGAGGCAACUCACAGUCUUAUGACACUGUUAUUUAGCGAUAUACAAAUGGGUUUAAUAAAAGCAAGAGAAGCAGCUGCAAAUUCAUCAACAACGGUCACACCCGCCACAAUAAUGCCAUCUCCACAAGUUACAACAAAUCCAAAAGAACUACUUAAUGAAGCGGCUAUUCUUCAAAUUUCGAAACUAAUUCGUUUUGUUUAUGAAAAACAACAUAUUCCACUGAGUCGUAUUGUAUCUUGGGUACACACAUUUAAUCGAAACGGAAGACGUCGUCCACCCAAAAUUGAUUCAACCAAUAGUCGUUCUCAGUCUCAGACGGAUAUAGUAAUUCAAAACGACCAACAAGAACAGACACUUCCACUACCAUCUAUAACAUCAACAAUUGAUACAGACAACGAAAUAUUCACUCCGGACUUGUCUUCACAACAGUAUUAUCACGAGUCACCUACAACGAAUACAACAUCAUCGACUGUGUAUAACUAUCCUAGACAAACAUGGAAUCAAUUUUUUCAAUCAAUAGAACAUGAUACUCAUGUUUAUUUUGGCCCAUUUAAAAUUUCUUCACAACAUUUACGAGAAAUAAUAAAGGAUAAUAAACGCGAUAUACCACUUGAUAACAAAUCUGAUAAUAAAAUAUACGAUUUCAUAGCUAAAUUAGGUUUAUUAGUAUUUGGAGAGCAGAGUGAUUCCAUACGUGAAUCAGAUUGGUAUUAUAAACCGAUAUCAGCUACAACAUUGAAUACAGAUGCAUGUCGUUCAAUUUUACGACUUGUUCGACGUUAUAAUAAACACAAUAAACUUGUUGACUAUUUACGACCGAAACAUAUAUUAUUGUGCAUGAAAAAAUAUACUCAUGAUCCAACUAUUUUUCAAGAACAAACAACUUCAGAUUAUAAAUUUUUAUUUUCUAAUUGUUCAACCGACAAUAACAAUUCAUGUGAGAAUCAACAGGAAGAAAGAGAAGUAGUGUCAAAUGAUGAUGCUAUAGUUACCAAUACAGAUGCAGUGUUCAAUCAACCAACUGAUACAUUUAUCGAUUUUGGUUCAACAAAAAUUAAUAUUAAUAUUUUGCGUCCAUAUUUAAAUAGUCAAAAUUCGAAAGAAUUAACUCAUCGUUUACUUGAUCUAAUAUCUGAAUGUAACAAUGAAAAUAUCGAUCAAGACGUUGUUGAAUCUGUAUAUAAAUUUAUUUUUGCAUAUCAUAAAACAAUAAUGGAACAAAAAUUAUUACAAACAAAUGUAAUAACAAUUAGUGAUUAUUUGAAUUGGAUUUAUGAAAAAUGUCCAUCAUUAGAAUACAAUUCAUCAUUGGAAGCAUUAUUAUUAACAACAGAUUUAAAUAUAAUCUUACCACACACUUUAUUUUCACAGGCACAACAAAAUGAACAUAAACAACCGAAUUUACAACAGUCUUCUGAUGGCUUAGUUGAUUUUGUUCCGUCAUCUUUAAUUGAUAAUCAAUCAGAUCAUACAAAUUUGACCAUACAAGAUGAUUAUAGUGAUUUAUUUUCAUUUUCCAUACAUAACAAUGUUGAUCCAUCAUCUCUCAAUUGUACAAGUCAAUCAAAACUAUCUGAAUCAUCAAUAGUCACAGUAGAUUUUCGUUUUAUUGAUGCUUGGCAAAUCGAAACUGUUGACGAUUUAGAAUAUUCUUUUAUUGAAGAUCCUGAAAUAAAAAUUCGUUUUAUGAAUACAACAUUUAUUGAUUGUUUUUCACUUUUGAGAAUAAUGAAAAUAUCUGCCAUAAAAUAUCCUCAGUUAGCUGUGCAAAAAUUAACAUCAUUGAUAUUUCAUCAACAUCACGUUGACGUAUCAAAUAAUGAAUAUAAAGAAUGUUUUGAAUUUAUUAUACGUUUAGUACAAUCAAUUGAUUCAAUAUCAAGACAAAAUAUAUCGAUGAGUACGAUCAUGAAUUGGAUGACACAAACGUUACGAAAUAUUUCAACACCAUCACAAUUAACUAAUAACAUUAACAUUGAUUAUGAUCAAUUUUUCUCGGAUGCAUAUCAUUGUCUCUGUGGUGAAAAGUUAACUUGUCCGUCACAUUGCAGUGAAAGUCAAUUUUUACAUGAAAAAGAUAAUCGUCCACACCAAUCAGCUAAUAAACAAAUAUCAAAUGAACAACCAAUCUUCAAAGAAAUUCGAUCACCAACUACCGAGGAACUAUUAUUGGUACCUCUAACAUCAUCAAUAACUGAUACGUCCGCAAUUGUUUUGUCUCCCUCAUCAGAACAGUUUUUUGAUGAGACAACUGAAAAUGUGUCCGAUACUAAUGAGUAUAACAGCAAUUCAAACGGCAUACUGAUGAUGUUGAUGGAUGAUAUACCGAAUAAUGAUUACCAGAUUCAUCCUCAACAAGAAGCCAAAGAUGAUGAAAGUUAUCGAAGUACGACUAUCAAUACCUCGAAUAAUGUGGAUAACAAUUAUUUAUUAAAUAUAAAUGACAAGGAUGAUGAGAAGAAAAUAACAGAUGAGUACAAACAGUCGUCCAUUCUGUGUGAUGAUGAUUUAAAUACAAUUGUCAAUGAAACUUUAGAAGAUUUGAUGGAGACAAGUAUUUGCGAAACAGGAAAAACAACAUAUUGUGCAGCUAUCCAAGAUUAUUUUAAUAAAUGUGUUGGUGGUCGUCAUGUUUAUGUCAUUAAUCUCGAUGCUGCAAAUUUAAAUAUGCCCUAUGAUUGUUCAAUAGAUUUAGUUGAUUUAAUAACCGUCGAUGAUGUAUGUGAUAAUUUAAAUCUAGGACCAAAUGGUUCAUUACUAUAUUGUAUGGAAUAUAUUGAAAAAAAUUUUGAUUGGUUAUUAAAUCGUUUAUUAUCUAUAAUUGAUAAACAUACAUCGAAAAUUCCUCCUUAUUUUCUUUUUGAUUGUCCUGGACAAAUUGAACUUUAUACCCAUCAUUCUUCAAUUCAUAAUAUUAUUAAAUUAUUACAGAAAAACAGUGAAAAAGAAUUUGAAUUACGUUUAUGUUGUGUUAAUUUAAUAGAUUCAUAUUAUUGUACAAAUUCAGUUAAUUUUAUUUCAACACUACUAACAUCUUUAUCAAUGAUGUUACAUUUAGAAUUACCACACAUCAAUAUAUUAUCAAAAAUUGAUCUAAUUGAAUGUUAUGGAAAAUUAGCAUUUAAUAUUGACUAUUAUACUGAAGUACUAGAUUUAUCAUAUUUAAUUUCUGAUAUGAAAUCAUCAUCAUCAUCGACAAAAAAAUUUUAUCCAAAAUUAAUGAAAAAAUAUCAAAAUUUAAAUAAAGCAUUGUGCGAUGUUAUUCAAGAUUAUAGUUUAGUCAAUUAUUUACCAUUAAAUGUACAAGAUCGAACAUUUAUCGAAAGAAUUAUGAAUGUAAUUGAUAAAGCAAACGGUUUCAUAUUUGGACAUUUAAAAAAUACUGAUGAUUUAUCUAUGAGAACAAAUUUGUUGUCACAUGCAUACGGAAUUGAUAAUUUUGAAUAUAUAAAAACAGCGAAUAUCAGAGAAAAUUAUCUAAACAAUGACGAUGAGGAGAAUGAAAUUGAAACAUAA